UUCGCACAGCACAGCUUCUACCCUCAAAAAGUGCUGUUUGGUAAAAACUUAAAUUUUCAACCAAAAAUCAAGUAAAUUAUUGAAAAAAUUGGUUUAAGUGUGUAAUCAACUAUAACUAAAUACGUUUCAAUAUUGUUAUCUAGCAAUAUAGCUCGGAUGGUCUGUAGAAAUGUCGAUUUCGGAUGAUUAGCUGCUUUCACAUCGUCGACAAAGGCUCUUUCUUGGUGGCAUUAGAACAACAACAAGUGAAGUUGUAAGUGUAUGAUACUGCGCGUUUUUUGUUGAAUUCCGCCCCUCUACGGUAGCCGCCUGAUGGUGCAUUUUCAAGGCCGCUUCGCUAGCUAAGUUUGCCUUCUUGUACCUCAACGCACGAAAGCGUCACAGUUAUUAUGGUGGGUAUGAGUAACUUCACGCUGGAUCCGGCAAUAUUAGGCGCAGGAAGCAGCGGCGCUGGCCGGAAGCAUGAACUGGAACGCAAAGCGCUGGCGGAUGAGUUGCUCACGGUGGUGAAGGAGUGUCAGAAAAAGUACGGCAGCAAAACCGAACUUGCUACGGAAAGCGAUUCAAGGAUUGUACUGCUAUGUGAUACUUGGGAACGCGCGUUAUCGCAUGGACUGAAAUCAAGCGCGUCACUUUUAAAAAACGUGGCUGAUUUGGUAGCCGGAGGCAAUUUAGAAGCACCCAACUUUUGGGAUUUUGCGUUUAAGCAUCUGACCAAUCAUGAGAAGGAACGAUUUUCCACACUACGGCACGUUUGGACUAAUGGAGGCAAAGGGAAAGCCUUACUGAGGGCAAUUUUGAAUGAGCGCGCCUUGGAGCGGUAUAUUUUAAUCUGGCUGAGUGACGAACAAUUGCUGCAGGAGAACUACGAAGUUUGGGCGUUAAUUAGAGAUAAGGAAAUAACUGGUUUGUUACCGGAUAUGGCUGCAGGACUAAGUACUAUAUUGUUUGCUAUUGCAAUCGAUGCUCCGGAAUUGAAUGCUGUUAUUAAAAUUAAACCAGAAAAAUCCGAGCCUAUAAUAGCGACUCAGCGUCCAGCAAAUCCAGCUCGCAAAAUAAACAUAGUCCAACGAGAAAUACUCGAAGAAGGCAAAACUUCAUCUCCAGUUCUUAAUCUCUCCACAGCGCUGAUUCAGCCCGCCCAAAGGCGAACAGCUAACAUUGAUAUUAUAAGGGAGUAUACUCAUGUAGAACCUAACCAGCGAACACAGGAAGCAUACUCGGUUGAGGAUGCAUUGAAUAAUCUAGCCAUUAGUCAAGAAAUACGACGACAAUCGACACCAGCAGAAAGGGUAAAUUUAGCAUCCAAAUUCGCUAAUUCAGGAGCAAGUGUUAUAGCAACAAGUCCUGACUGCACAGCGUUGGAAGCUUCAGAAGACAGCAUCCUUGGGAACUUUUCGCUAGAUAUGUCCAACGCUACUACAACAGCCUCGAACACUUCCAGUACGUCCUGUUCGGCUUCUUCGGCAAACGAUCAAGCCCUCGAUGUUGAAAGCUACUUAGUAGUAGUUGACAAGUUAAAAAAGAAGCUGGCAGAUUCCGAAGAGCGGUGCCAAAUGUUGGAGGCUCGCGUAGCCGAACUUAGUCUAGAAAACCAUCGACUCCGCAUGCUGACCCGUCCGAAUCGGCUGUCGCUUAUGCAUUUCCAGAUUUCAAUCCCAAAAGCGAUCCUGCGGACGCCAGUCAGUGCCCGACGACGGGAGCAUUAUUGCUAUGAAAUUCGGAUAGCACCUGGAGGAGGCGAUGGUGGUUCAACCAUGGGAUCAGUAUCAUCAACCGACACUGUUUCCAACGAAGGGUGGUCCGUCUUCAGGCGGUACAGUGACUUCUACCGGUUGCAUAAACGACUCCAGCGAGAACAUCCCUCCGUUAAGUCUCUUGAUUUUCCACCAAAGAAGAAGAUUGGUAAUAUGAACCCACAGUUCGUGGAACAGCGCCGUCAGCGGUUGCAAGUUUACCUGAACAGUCUGUUCAUUGUCGUUAUGCCGGAAGUAUCGGCCUGCACUACCCGAUCCCAGCUGGAGCAAGUGUUUCCAUUUCUGCGUGAUGCGGUUCUGUAGAUCAUUGCGACUCUGCGAAAUAUCACGAUUAAGAAUAAGAUUAUACGAUUGUACGAGAACGGUAAAUCUCGAUUUGAUAUAAGAUUUUAAAACUAACGCUUAUAAAAUAACAAGUAGGAAGCUAAAGUUUACUACACCUUUGUCAAAUGUGUAGAUGCACAGACUAGUUCUUGCUUUCGUUCGAAUCAAAUUCGUUUCAAAGUAUUGGAGGUUCGUAAUCUGAACUUUUUGUAUGAAUAAUGAAUUCAGCCGUGAACAAAAAAAGGAGUGAUGAUACUAAUUCAAUGUAAGGGAAACGCAGUAUAUUUAACUGUUUAGAUCAGUCUUGUUUGGUGUUUAGAUGUUGAUAUAGUUAACCAAUUAUGUUUUGUAAAAAUAGAUGACUGUAUAAUUAAACUGAAUAUAUGCACCUUUUCUUAGUCA